UCAACCCUGGUUAGGAGAUGAAAUUGUCAUCCAAUGCCAUGAGCAGUAUGAGGAGAAAAGGUUAACACGCAAGCUCCUCAGAUGAACGCUUGAAAUGUGAUAGAGAAUGGAGAAGAAAGAAUUGGCUUUAUCUGGAUUCUCUCCGAAUGACCGUCAGACGCACCCUCCUGAGGACACUGUGAUAUUUGAGCAACACAACUCUGUAAAUGCUGCCCCAAAUAAACAUGUGGUUGAAGGUGAUGAGAACAUGGAACGAGGUAACUGGUCCUCCAAGGCUGACUAUUUUCUCUCAGUCAUCGGCUGUGCAGUCGGUCUGAGCAAUGUCUGGAGAUUCCCUUACCUGGCUUACAAAAAUGGAGGAGGUGUGUUUCUAAUUCCCUACACAAUCAUGCUGGCUUUCAUUGCGAUGCCUAUGUUUUACUUGGAGAGUUCCUUUGGGCAGUUUGCCAGCCUUGGGCCUGUUGCAGUGUGGAAAGCUGUGCCCAUGUUACAAGGUGUGGGGAUUACGAUGGUCCUAUUCAGUACAAUUAUAGACAUCACUUACAACUGCAUCAUCGGCUACAGUCUGUACUACCUGUUCGCUUCCUUCCAAUCACCCCUGCCGUGGUCAGACUGCUUCAGUUGGUGGGGAGCAGAUGAAACAUGCAGCAGGACUCCCAAAGAUCCACUCUGCAAUCUCACUCUGGAUGAUGGAUAUUUUGAAAUCAUUAACACAACAUGGCUGUGGGCCAACGAUGAAAAUUGUCCAAAUGGGUCAGAAAUCUCUGUUCCUCACCAGAGUCCAAGUGAGCAAUACUGGGAGAAAAUGGUUUUGAACCGUUCUAGUUCAAUCGAAGAGACUGGGGACAUAGUCUGGUAUUUAGCUCUCUGUCUGCUUCUGGCCUGGCUGAUAGUUGGAGCAGCGUUAUCUAAAGGAAUCAAAUCUUCAGGAAAGGUUGUUUAUUUCACUGCGACAUUCCCAUAUGUGGUUCUGACCAUACUCCUGAUCCGAGGGGUUACCCUGGAAGGAGCCUAUAAAGGGAUUGAAUUCUACGUUGGAAAGCAGUUAGAAUUGUCAAAGCUGGCUGACGCAGAGGUCUGGAAAGAUGCUGCAACACAAAUUUUCUAUUCUCUUGCAGUAGGUUGGGGCAGUUUAAUAACACUGUCAUCCUACAAUAAAUUCCACAACAACUGUUACACAGAUACCAUUGUCGUCUGUGUUGUUAAUUGCACUACGAGUGUGUUUGCUGGAUUUGUCAUCUUCUCCAUCCUCGGACAUAUGGCUCAUAGACAAGACAAACUUGUUUCAGAGGUUAUCCAGUCAGGUUUUGGUUUGGCUUUCAUUGCCUACCCAGAGGCUCUCGCACAGUUGCCAUGGGCACCUUUAUGGGCUGCAUUGUUUUUCUUCAUGCUGAUCACUCUGGGACUCAGCAGUCAGUUUGUAGCUGUAGAAGCCAUUAUAACCUCAUUGCUGGACCAGUUCCCUACCUUUCUGCGAUCAAAGCGAUUUUUUGUGACAGCUGGUGUAUGCUUGGCACUCUAUCUCCUCAGUGUCCCAUGUGUAACACAGGCUGGGAUUUAUUGGAUCAAUUUAAUUGAUCAUUUCUGCGCUGGUUGGGGACUUCUUGCAAUUGCUUUGGUGGAACUGAUUACGUUAAGCUGGAUCUAUGGGGUAAACAGAUUCAUCAAGGACAUUGAGAUGAUGAUCGGGGAAAGGACUUGGCUCUUCUGGCUGUGGUGGAGAGCGUGUUGGGUUGUGAUCUCUCCGUGUUUGCUGGCAGUCAUAUUGGUCUGGUCAGUAGUAACAUUUGCACCUCCAACGUACGGGCCUGUUGAAUACCCUGUCUGGGCAAUAGCACUGGGCUGGUCUAUGACCAUCUUCUGUAUUAUGUGGAUUCCUGUUGUGGCCGUGGUGAGAGUUGUCCAAGCUGAGGGCUCCACCUUGUGGCAGAAAAUUUGUGCUGCUUGCACGUCAGCUCCUGAUUGGGGUCCAUACCUGGAAGAACACAGAGGGGAACGGUACAGAAACAAGCUUGAUUCCAAGGAAGCCCCAAAUUGUCUACAACUUCUGGCAACUCCUGAGAUCUGAAAACUUCUAAGAUAAUUUUGCUUCAAGUCACCUUGGUGAUGAAGCAAUGAUCUGUUGUCGACUCACUACGAGUUCUUCAAGGACAGUCAGCAACUCAACUGUGAUGACCCAAAUAUGCUGUACAUCAGUUAUUUUCUUCUAAUCUGGAAUUCCUUUGUGAUAUGUUUUGGUUAAUUUCUCCUUAAAUCACUUGGAUGCUGUUGAGCUAUUUUUCUUUUCUUUAGUGUUAUUCUUGUAUUCUUUUGUUAACAUUGCCCUAGCUUCUUCUUCAAUACAACUGAGUUAAUUUCAGUUCUUGUUGGCAUUGGUCAAUUGCUUUCAAGUUUUUAACUCAGCUUUGUCCAGAUUCAUAGUGGAAACUGUGUAGACAGAAGAAUUUUUCUCAUUAUUUGAAAUAACAUGAAAUAGCAUUUUGCAAGGCUGUCUUUGCCUGUUUAAUAAACCUUGUGCGAUUAAAGUAUAAUCUAAAAAAAACCAACAAAAUGAUACUGAACAGAUAUAAAUCUUUCUUUUGGCUUCACGGUGAAUAUUGCAUCCAAUUUUUGGCAUUACGCUUCAGUGAGGCUUUUGUGAGGGUGUGGGUACUGGAGAAAUUAGGAUCAGUUUCUUUAGAACAGAAAAGACUGAGAGGACAGUUGACAAAUUUUCAAACAAAUAGAUGAGAUUAUUACCUAUAACAAUUUAUCAUCAUCUCAAUGUCCUUGAUGAAUCUGUUUAUGCCUUUGAACAACAAGGAAGCUGAGAGACAUCAUAGCCCGCUUUCUUAUAGAGAUAGUAGGAGCUAUCUCCCCAUUAAAAAUCAGAAAUAAACUUGUUUUACCUUUUAGCCACCUGUCUGUCAUUCCCUAUGGUGUUAUCAUGUCUAUCACUUAAUGGUUCUAUUCCCAUAACCCUAGAGCAGCACUUGGGCUGUGAGCCCAGAGCAGCGCAGUGAAGAAGCCAUACAGCAGCACACAGGAAGCAGCCCCCAGAGCAGCAUGCAGGAAACAAGCCCUGUAUGGAGACCAGUGAGAGGGGACAAUCCUUUCCUUAUAACACUAAUGUUAACCUCUUAAUACAUUCCUAUUUUAAACUUGGUUUCAACUAUGUAGUGAAGCUUUUACUUUUAUCCCUCUGCUGUAUCCAAGAAUUGUACCUCAUUACUUGUACCUAAGAUGUCGCUAUAAGAAGGCAGACAUUGUAAAAGUGUUUUACUGUACUCCUACAAUAGGGCACACAUGAGAAUAAAAGGAUAUUGUAUUGCAUUGUA